GCUGCACAAGGGAGUUCUUUUCUUCCUGGCAUCAAGCAACGGUUGCUAUCAUUUAUUUUCCGCAAGACAUGGAAUGAGGAACCUGAUCAGGCUUUGAGGGUCCAGCACCUGAAGAAGAAAUUUUAUUUUCACUUUCAAGACUAUGUGGAUCUUAUCAUAUGGAAGGUACAGUUUUUGGAUCGCCAUCACCUAUUUAUCAAGUUUGGUAGUGUCAAUGGAAGGGUUACUCGAAGCACUGAUCAAAACCUAGCAUUCUUUGCUGUGUACAACAUGGAGACGACCGAGAUUGUGUCACUCUAUCAGAAUUCUUCGGAGGAGCUGUAUUCAUUGUUUGAACAUUAUUAUGAUCAUUUCCAUGCAAAUCCUCAAAAUUCUUUGCAUGAGAAAUUUAUCUCGUCCAAUCCCAAUAGUGUUCAUGCUCUUGAUCAACUCCGCACCAUUAAAAGUAAAGCAAGCAGCCCCUCACAGUUUGUGAAAAAGAUGAUGGCGUCAUUGCCUUACACUUGCCAAUCACAAAGUCCUUCACCAUACUUUGAUCUGUCAAUUUUUCGUUAUGAUGAGAAGCUGUUUUCAGCAAUUGAUCGGCAUAGGCAUUGCACAGAGUAUCCUAUAAAAUUUAUAUCAGUGAGGCAACCAAAUGUCGUCAAAUUUAAGAUAAAACCAGGUAACUCUUGAUCCAUUGCUGUGACCAAGCAUCUAGAUUCUAGAACUAGGGUGUGUGGAACUAUAUCAAUUUGAACUUGUAUCCGCAUGAGAAGUCAACAUUGGUCAAGACUCAUUUCCUCAAAUUCUAGACUGGCAAACUUCGUCGCACUCAUCCUCUGCAAUCAUGUUGUGCAUGAUCACACACGCUAUGACCACCUCCCACAACAUCUUUGGAUCCCAUACUUUUGCAGGUCCUCGAAGAACCGCAAAACGGGCUUGGAGCACUCCAAAUGUCCUCUCCACAUCCUUUCUAGCUCCUUGUCUUUUGGGCAAAGUGAGAUCUUUCUCACCCCUUGGAUCAGAGAUGGUCUUGACGAAAGUCGCCCAUGAAGGAUAUCUAUCAUCACAAAGAUGGUAUAGUUGCACGGAGGAGCUUCUCCCUCACAACCUUGCAAGCAAUGGAGGCCGCUGCAACAAGUUGAUGUCAUUGUGAGACCCAGGCAUCCCAAAUAAAGAGUGCCAAAUCUAGAGGUCUUGUGAUGCACGUGCUUCAAGAAUGAUGGUGGGCUUCUUACAAUGGCCUUGACAUUGCCUCUGUAGAGCAUAUGGGCAAUUUGUCCAUAGCCAGUGCAUGGAAUCCGGAAAUCCGAGCAUACCUGGUCACCUUCUUGCUUCUGACAGUCCCAUGAGUCGUGCGGUGUCUUCGGCAGUUCAUUCUCCCAUGUACUUCGGUCCAAACAUCUUGACCACCAUAGUAGCAAAUCUGACCAUCACUCGAGGCAUGUGCUUUUGGACAUCCGGAGGUACUUGUCCCACGAAUCCGCGGCCAUGCCAUAGGCAAGCAUCCUCAAUGCAGCCAUGCACUUUCGGUAACCAGAUAAUCCAAUCUUUCCAACGGCAUCCUUCUUCAAGAUGAAGUAGUCAUCAUAGGCCCGGACACCGUUGUAGAGGUGAUCGAACACAGUUCAGCUCAUCUGGAAUUGACGACGAAAAUAGGACUCAAAUAGCGCGUCGGGGACAAAGUAGUCGUCCACCAGCAUCAUAUGCCCCCCGUGCCCUAUUCCGAUUCAUCACUUGAUGUCCCUUGAUCUAUCUCCGCACGUUGGGCAUCUUCAAUAACCGCGUACAUCAUCGUCGUUUCAUCCUUAUAUUCAUUCUCAUCUAACGAGGACGUAUCUAUGAACUUGGCGUAGAAGUACUCUGCGGCCGAAUGCAUAGUGUUUUGCUUCAAAGUAAACAAUAAAAAUGUCAAUAAAUUUGGCUAUGGCAUUCGGCCGAACACUUGACGGGCACCGUGUCCGCCAUGAACGGCAAUGUGCAGGGCAUAGGGUACCUCGGCGGUAGCCGGAGCAGGGAUGGAAGGGAGGCAUAGGCAAAGUUGGGGAUGGCGCUCGGGUAGAGCGGCAGAGGUCCGGCAAGGCCUGAACGGCGGAGUGGGUGGUUCAGUGGCGGCGUGGGUCUCAGACUACACGGAUACAAACAAAGGGGAGGGACUGAGUGAGAAAAGCGGGGCUUCGGGUGGGUUUUUUGUGUGGGCCAUGGGUGUCAGACGCCUACCCUGCGGCUGUCCGGGUGCUCGCAAACCUCCCCAGCUUGCUUCCGUUUUGUGAGAAUUUGGACGUACAGACCGGUCCACGGACAUUUGAUGCAUGGCGUUGGAUGGCACAAAGUGUCCAGUCUGCGCUGGACGUUUACGGGCAUUUUGAUGCACGGUGUUCGAGAUGCCCGUAUCUCGUUAAUUCAAGCAAGAUAGCCUCAUCUCAACCCCAUAGGAGCAGCAGGAGCAGCGCCCCGGUCCUCCCCUUUGAUGAGGCCCAUGUGUGGAUCGCAGUGCUUGUCCCUCGCUGUCAGGGAGGCUAGCGGUAGCACCCCCACCUCCCAUCUGCUGCCGCCAGUUUUUGAAUUGGUGGAGGGAAGUUCAAUGGGGAAACGUACAGGGUAGAAUAAAAAAAUCUGAGCGGUGGGUUCCUGUACAGAAAAAAUCUGAGCGGUGGGUCCCCAAUCGGUGCUAAAUGUUGGAACAAAUUUGGUUUCCUUGGACCCUCCUUGCUUUUUUUUCUUAGACCCGCCUCAUGCUGCUUAGACUGUUUAUUUUACUAUAAGCACCUUGCAUUGUACAGGUUCUAACCUGACCAAUGAACGGUCAUGAGCUCCCACACCGUAGUGAUGUAAUCAUGAAGGCAACAUGACCACAUCAGAGCAAGCCAAAACGUAAGAAAUCUCACCUGACUUUAAGGGUGCAACUGGGGCGGGCCUUUCUGCUAGGCCGUUAGCCUGCCCCACAAAUAAGUCCGGCUAAUUCUCCCAUGGGAUGCGACUGGGUGGGAAUCCCGCGGCACCCCAGCAGAUGCGGCUGCGUGCGAGUUCGUCCGUGUCUGGGCGCCGGAUCUGACUGCGGAGUGAGGUCUCCAAGAACGACGGCAACAGGACGCUGCUGUGUAGAGCAGAGCAGUACGCUCCCGGGCGAUGGACGUGCGGUUCCGAGGCGCGUUGACGAAGUGGGUGUUGUCAUCUUCGAGGGCAAUGGACGUGUGGAUUCGAAUGGCUUGAUGAGCUGGUUGGUGUCGAGCUUCAGCAGCUGCUGGACAUUGUACUGUCCAUCGGGCUUCGGCUGCUGCCACUGAAGCCGG